GACACCAGGCUCUUGUGGCAUCUGGAGGAAAAGAGAUGUAAGCGAAGGAAGCUGCAGGAAAGCAGAAAGGAGAGAAAAGGAGGAGCCGAGCAGUUGCCUGGAACACAUCGGAGUGUCUGCUCACCGUCCACAUCGCCACCGCCCAGCGCCGCAUGCGAUGGAUGUCAUAUUUGGCAGAAAUAAGAAGGAGCAGCUGGAACCUGUGAGGGCCCAAGUGACAGGCAGGAUUCCAUCAUGGCUGCAGGGCACUCUGCUUCGCAAUGGGCCCGGAAUGCACACAGUGGGGGAGACCAAAUACAACCACUGGUUUGAUGGCCUGGCUUUGCUCCACAGUUUCACGAUUAGAGACGGUGAAGUCUAUUACAGGAGCAAAUACCUGAGAAGUGAUACCUACAAUGCCAACACCAAGGCCAACAGGAUUGUGGUGUCAGAGUUUGGAACGAUGGCCCAUCCAGACCCCUGCAAAAACAUAUUUUCUAAAGCUUUUUCCUACUUGUCCCAUACCAUCCCUGAUUUCACAGACAACUGCCUGAUAAACAUCAUGAAGUGUGGAGAAGACUUCUAUGCGACCACAGAGACCAAUUACAUCAGGAAAAUCAACCCACAGACUCUGGAAACCCUGGAGAAGGUGGAUUAUCGCAAUUACGUGACGGUAAAUCUGGCAACAUCGCAUCCUCAUUAUGAUGCGGCUGGAAAUGUUCUUAAUAUGGGCACAUCCAUCAUGGACAAGGGGAAGACAAAAUAUGUGAUCUUUAAGAUCCCUGCCACAGUACCAGAGGACGCGAAGGGGAAGAACCCGUUGAAGCACACAGAGGUGUUCGGUUCCAUCACCUCCCGCUCGCUCCUCUCCCCGAGCUAUUACCACAGCUUCGGAGUCACCGAGAACUACAUCGUUUUCCUCGAGCAGCCUUUCAAGCUGGACAUCCUCAAGAUGUCAACUGCGUACAUCCGGGGAGUGAACUGGGCUUCCUGCCUGGCUUUCCACAGGGAGGACAAGACUUACAUUCACAUCGUCGACCAAAGGACUGGGAAGCCCGUGCCGACCAAGUUUUACGCGGACCCCAUGGUGGUGUUUCAUCACGUCAACGCCUACGAAGAGGACGGCUGCCUUGUGUUUGACGUCAUCGCCUACGAGGACGGCAGCCUUUAUCAGCUCUUCUACUUGGCCAACCUGAACCAGGACUUUGAGGAGAACUCCAGGCUCACCUCCAUUCCCACCCUCCGGAGGUUCGCCGUGCCCCUCGAUGUGGACAAGAAUGCAGAAGUGGGAUCAAAUGUAGUCAAACUGGCAUCCACAACGGCAAGAGCCCUGAAGGAAAAAGAUGACCGAGUCUACUGCCAGCCGGAGCUGCUUUAUGAAGGCUUAGAGCUGCCUCGGAUCAAUUAUGCUCACACGGGAAGCCCCUACCGCUAUGUCUUUGCGGCCGAAGUUCACUGGAGUCCCAUCCCAACCAAGAUCCUGAAAUACGACAUUCUCACAAAGUCAUCCUUAAAAUGACAGGAGCACUGCUGGCCAGCAGAACCCCUGUUUGUCCCCAUGCCAGGUGCCAAGGACGAGGAUGACGGAAUUAUCUUAUCAGCCAUCGUCUCUACCGAUCCCCAAAAGCUUCCUUUUCUGCUCGUUCUGGAUGCCAAAAGUUUCACAGAACUGGCUCGUGCGUCCAUUGACGCAGAGGUGCACCUGGAUCUCCACGGGUUAUUCAUCCCGGACGCAGACGGGGACGCGAGGGAGCAGGCCCCUUCCCAGGAACAGCCGGACAGGGUUCCAGACUGCCAUGUGGCCCCAUGGACCUGAGUGGGUUGGGCCUGUGGGCUCACUUCCUCUCUGGGUGAAGGGGGAUCCUUCAUUUCCUUUUGACC